AUGAAACAACCUCAAAUGCAACACAAAAGUUGGUUAUAAUUGCAGAGAUUUGAAGAGUACGAAACGAAUAAAAAAAAAUACCUUGAAAAGGAACAAGAAUUGAAAUUCAAGGGUUAAGAUUAAAACGCUCAACAAAAGCAAAUUAAUUGGAUUGGAGACAUACAUGAAAGAUAAACCCUAUUGCAGAAGGCCAAAUGGAAGUGGAUAGAGGAGUAGAAGAAACAGUUGGAAUAGAAAAGAGAGAUGCAUCAAUUGGAAGGAGCCACAUUUCAUCCGUAAAUUUUGAAUAAGGAUUAAAGAAUACGCACUCCUGAACAAUUCUAUAAAGAUAAUAUAGAUUAUAAAAAUAAAACUGAAAAACAAAUAUAGCAAUUAAUUAAGUAAAAGGAAGACUCAAUUAAUAACAGAAGUUGUUCUCCUAAACUAAACAAAAAGUCGGUAUAGAUGGUUGCGCAACCCUUUUAUGAUAGAUUGAAAGAUAAAUAGUUAGAGAAAGAAUAGAAUUUAUUAAAAAUUAAAAGCAGCAUUACACCCUCGUUCAGUCCUUAAAUAUUUUCUCGAAACUUUUAGAGUCGCUAAACCUAUCAAACUGUUCAACAAUUUGCCAAUUAGAAUUCAAGCAAAAAUAAAACAUUUGAAAUGGAUUUGGAAAAUGUUAAAAGUGAUUAUAAAACUUUCACAUUUUUUGAAGACAUAAGGAGAUUCUAGCAUUCCCCAUCAGAAAAUUGUCAAUAGAAUGUGGAGAAAAUAACCAAAAAUCUGCUGUUAUUAACUGAAAACAGUUAAAUCUUAAAUGCAUAAUAGAGUCCGUAAUAAUGUACGGCCAAAAAGCAAUAGAGAUCUGUAAGUCCUUUAAAAUCGAUUAUGUCAAAAACCACCUAAAAAAAUUACUUUAAAAAAUGA